AUGUAGCCCGUGGCCAUGCUGGCGGGGGCCCGGGGCCCUGGCUGGCAGGGCAAUGUUGGGUGGGGCCUGCAUAGUGGCCUGGGCCGGGCUGGGAGUGGCAUCAUCUUGCUCAGCCAUGACUUCUUUGUUGUGUGGCAGCUUCCUCUUCUCCACUGCGCCCAGCGGAUGUUUGCCUCGCAGACUGAGGGGGAGCUCAAAGUAACCCAAAUUCUCAAAGAAAAGUUUCCUCGAGCUACAGCUAUCAAGGUCACCGACAUUUCAGGAGGCUGUGGGGCUAUGUAUGAAAUCCAGAUCGAGUCAGAAGAAUUUAAGGAGAAGAGAACUGUCCAGCAGCACCAGAUGGUAAAUCAGGCACUAAAAGAAGAAAUCAAAGGGAUGCAUGGAUUGCGGAUAUUUACCUCCGUUCCCAAACACUGACCACAUCCUGACUGUGUAGAUGCUGCUGCUUAAAACCUUGGAUGAACUUGGCUGACACCAUUCUUUCCUAGGCAUUUGCCAAAAAAAUUAUCUAUUUUGUCCAUAGACAUUUGCAUAUUAUAAUUAUAGAAGAAUAUGUUCUCUAUUUAGAGAUUAAUUAAAGGCAACAGACAACUGAAA